AUGGGCCUGGGGCCCCAUAAGGAGCCCCUCGUAGCUGCACGCUCUUCCCUGCAGCUCCUGCACACGUUCCUCAAGUUGGGGAGGGAAGGCAGGCUAGGGGUGUGGCACUGCCCCCACUUCUCCUGGGACCUUACACAUGUGAAGAGAAGACAGGUGUACUGCAGAACUCUUGCCUUCCCCGGGUGGAGCAUGCAGCCUUCCAGGCUGUGUGAAAGAAGGGAGUGGCCUCUGGGCUUCUCUUUUCCAGUGUUUCUGCCAUCCAGCAGCAGAGAUGGCAACCCCCUCACUGCUCAGCUUUGUGUUGUGUUUGUGGUUCUGUUUGCCCCUCUUUUUAUCUGUUGA